UGUAUUGUCUAUGGAACUAGCAGACUCAGCAGACUCAAGAUUAUCUUGAGAUUAUCAGAUUAUCAGUGAUGAGUUUUUGAUCUGUUUAUGAAAACGUUCUAAAAAGGUUUUAAUUUUUGCCAUGGGGUGUAGGAUCGAUUAACAUUUUAGCUCAACGGAAAAAGUGUGUUAAGCUAGGCGCCGCAAGUAUAUUUUAAGGACAUAAACAAAAUGAAUUUAAACCAGAACCUUAUCCAGCUUGGAGUAUUUGAAUAAACGAUCUCCGCAUAUUGUUCGAAGUUUUAAUUUUAAACGGAUUUUUAUAGUGUAGCAAAUUAGCAAUCAAUAUUUUUUAUCAUAGACUAUUGCGAUCGCAGUUAUCUUGAUAGCCUGUGGACGUGAAUAACUAAAGGUUCUAUAGUCUAUGUCUUCACAAUUUGUACGCUAUUUGUUGUCAACAUGUCGGACAAUGAAGACUUGUUAGGUGACGAUUUGGGCGAUCAGAGCCUUGCUGACUACAACCUUGGCAAUGAGGAAGAGGAACAACUCCUGGCCGACGACUAUGAUAACGCUGUGCCUCAAAAUGUUCCUUCGUCUCUCGGGCCUUACCGAGAAAUUGAUAUGGUUUUACCGGAGAAUUCUUAUAACCGAGGCAUUGAAUACAGCAACACGAUCUUACCAUAUGAGCCACCUCCGGAAACAGAAUCAGUUGUUCCCAAUGUAAACGUUGAUGUUCCGGACGCAACUAUGCCACAGCACACUACAUAUGCACCGUAUGAACCACCAUAUGAAGAGCACACUGUUCCACCUACUAUGCCAGCGGUUCCACAAGAGUCACCGCAAAUUGUGCCGUCAGAUAUCAAUGCACCUGUGCCAAAUAUUCCAAUAGAUGGUGAUUUGGGCGGCCCUCGCGAGCGGUUCGUGUCGGAGCGUCCGCCCGGCGCACAGCGACUUCCGCAAGUCAGGGAUAUACCAGACUCUUUGGACAAGGUAGUGAUCCCCCGCGGCGGCGCGCGCGGGCGCAGCGUGUGGCGCUCGGCGGAGUUCGCGGCGCGCUACCCGCCGCACUACCGCCGCUACCCGCACAGGGGCAACUUCAACCAACGCUUACCAUACCCCCCAUCACAACAACUACGAUCUAUUAACAAUCGUCCUCCUCGGCCUGAAAGCCGGCCCGAAAUGAGGCCUGAAAUGAGGCCUGAGCUGAGGCCAGAGCCCCACCCCGAAAUGAGGCCAGACAUCCGCCCAAACAUGCGACAAGAACCCCCCAAUAUACCCCAAAUGGGUCCAGAAAUAUCCCCGGAGAGACCCAUCCUACCUCAAGAGUUACCCAUGUACAGGCCAAACCACCCAGAACGACCGUUCUACCCCCGAUUCCAAUUCAGACCUAACAUGGAAGAGAGGCCUCCUUUCAACCAGGGCAGGCCUAACUUUGAGCCUAGACCACCGCCAGUGUUCUUCAGACCAAACUUCCCUCCAAGACAGUACGCGCCGCCGAUGCGUGAGAUAGUCCCCAACUCCACUCACAUGCCGCAAGUGACGAUACGGCAGGCCUUGCCGGGGCCCAGCCUGGAGAAGCCUAAGGACUUGCCGCGCGAGCCCGAAGUCCGCAUGUUGCCGGUGGCCUUGCCGCCAAACUUGCCUCCGGGAGGUCUCGCCGGCAAGAAAGUGUUGAUCAAUCCACAUUUCAAAGGAAACUUCCAGCCUCCUGUCGAUGGGCUGCCAGUCUACAUACCGACGCGGAUACCAAAGUCGCCGCCGCUCAGUCCCACGAUUGAGAGCAAAUUCGGUCCGGUGAAGGAUAUAGAUGACGCCGCAGAACGCUUCAUCGCUGAGCAGCGCAACGCGUUGGCGAGAGCGGCCAUCAGGAAACACGCCAGGCGGUCGCCGCAGAGAUACAUAGAGAACACAACCAUAGAGAUAGAGAAUGACCUGGCUCACGCUCACCGGCCGCGCAGCGACGAUGAUGACCUGCUGCGGAGGCAGGAGGAGUUCAUCAACGCGAAUAGAGCCGGACUGCGGAGGAGGAUGCGCUCGUGCUCGCCGCCGCGCCGCUCGCCGUCGCCGCGCCGCAGCCCCGAGCGCCGCGCGCGCCACGCCGACGAGGACACGGACUAUAAGAGAAAAAUGCGUGAACAAGAGAAUUUACGUGAACGCGUAUUGCGAGCGAAGGAGGUGCGACGCAGGAAGAACGCUGUAGCUAUGCAUAAACAACUACAGGAAAAAGAGCGUGAGCCAGCGGACAAGGACAAGCCCGCCGCCGCGCCGCCCGCGCGCGCCCCCGAGCCCGCCCGCAGCCACGUGCCGCCGCCCGCUGCUGCUGCUCCUGCCGCUGCUGCUGCUGCUGCUGCUGCUCCUGCCGCUGCUGCUGCUGCUCCUGCCGCUGCUGCUGCUGCUGCUCCUGCUCCUGCCGCUGCUGCUGCUCCUGCUGCUGCUGCCGCCGCUGCUGUAGUGGAAAACCUGACCCCUCCCCACAACAUAGCGCCCAAGCGUGAGUCUACAGAGCGCGCGCUCACGCCGCCGCUGCCCGACAAGCGCACCGACAGCGACGACGACCUCGACCUCAUCCUCGGGGACAUCGACGGGAUACUGUCCGAUGACGAGGACACUGGGCGGUUCAAGGACAAAACUAAGGAGAGUAAGAAGUCGGAGCCACCAAAGUCCAAGCCUGCGGUGGACUUGAGGUCCAAGCUGCCGCCGAAGCCCGCUGAGCACAAGAAGCCGCAGCGACAGAAGAUCGUCUUCGAGGAGAAAGAGGAGGGGAAAUCUAAGAAAAAAGAAAAGUCCCCUACUCGUCGAGCGGUCGUCACGAGCUCGACUAAAACUGAUGAAAAUGAACCCGUAACUAAGAAGGCUAAGGUCAAACCCAAACUGGAUCUAACUAUUAAGUCCAGAGCGAGGAUAACAUAUGAUAAUAAGGAGCAAGUCGAAAAAGACAAGGACGACGACAAAACAGCUUUCUCUAACCGCCGAGUGAUCUUACAGAGAAAAGCACCAAAAGACAAAUCAGUGUUCUCCCGGAUCGAGGUCAAAACCGACCCGUCCAAACCCAACCCGGGCAUAUUCAGCCGCGCGGUACGCACCGCCAUCGGUACUGAGAAUACACGCAUAGUCAUCAACAAAAAAGACGAACCACAAGUACAGUUCGAGAGCGACAGCGACCUCGACGAGGACACGCUGCUCGAAGACUCGGGGAACACGGCCAGUGUGGCCAACUUGCCCCACGGAAUGACCGAUACGCGCCUCAAGACGCUGGCGGGAAAUGAAGUCCAGAGUUUAACCCUGGACAAAGAAGACAGGACGGCUAAAAUCAUAUUCAAGACGACUGCGGCUGCGGAAAGUUUCAAAAAGAAAUUUAAUAACAAAAUGGUGGCGGCGAGUCGUCUGUCCGUCACGCUACGCUGAACGCUACGGGGGUGCUACGAGACUACGAUUCUUACUACAAAGUAAUAUACCCUAUAAUUUACCUAUGCUACAAAAUGACGGGUUGUUAUCGUUUUUUUAUGGGUAAUUUUUAUCUUAGCCAAAUGUAAAUCGAUUUCAACUCAAGUUGUAAGUUACAGUGUGUCUAAGUGUGGAUUUGGAUGCUGGAUGAAGCUCAGAAGUCGGUUGUUUAUAUUAACACAAUAUUUGCUGUUUGAUUCGUGUAUGUCGUAUUCUGAACCAAUUUGUAAAUUGUCUAUAUUGGUAACUGUAAUAUUGAUAAAACAAUGUCUUGUUCAAACAAUGUUUUAAUUUUAGAAUAAAACUAACUGAUUUAACUCUAUCGAGUAGAUACUACUUUUAAUUGUCUUAGUUGAUGUUUACAAAAUUGUACAUUAAUUAAGUUUUUCCUAAACUAUGUAGAGAAAUUGGAGUACCUAUUUGUUUUAAUUCACUCCUUGUGAUUAGAAAGUGCUUAUAGUUCGGACUUAUCAAGCACCAUAUGAUAUGUUGAAAGCAAAACUGUGUUUGUACUGCCAAUGUUUUAUUUAGCUAAAGUUAAUAGUGUAUGCUGGAUUGUUUCGAAAAUUACAUAAUACUAUGUAACAUAAGGAAAUUACGUGAAAAUCGGUCUAGUAGUUUUUGCGAUCAUCAUGAUGUUAUAAAAUAUGAUUUGAAUGACUUGACUGGUUGAAUGAGUAUGGCAUUUUUAACAUAAGAGCUUGGCUAUUUAACAGUGUAAUUUAACUACAGGAAAACAUAUUUUAAUAUUAUAUUUUAAAGUAAAAUUGCUAAUUACUACAUUUAGUACUCAUAUAUGGUCCAAAAAGUGUAAAAGUUUUUGUGAAUUAGUUUUUAGUUUAAAUUAAGUUUUUUUGAGUGAAAAUAUGAAUAUGUUUACUAGCACAUGCUUUGUUUCGCCAUGUUGAAAGAUUGCGGUAAAUAUGUAUGUAAUAGACAAUUGAAAUUGUAUUGUAUCAGUGUAUUCAAUUUUGUUAAGUAUAACAUUUUUGAACAGCAGAAAUGUUUAAAAUUGUAUGUCUGAGUACCCAUCAUUGCGGUAUUUUAUCAAAUGUUUAUUCUUGAAAGAUGUUAAAAUGUAAUUCUUGAAUGUCAUAAGAUUAUGAGACCCAUUUAAUGUCAACUGCAAAUUUUAUUUGUAUUUUGAGAUCUUUGUCAGUAAAUGUUGCCAAAGUUUUAAUUGAUUUUUAAGUUGUAGUUUUGAUUUUACUAAAUUUUGUGUAUGGACAUUUCGCUUCGCUUUUGUUUAUGGUAUUUUUGGCAAUCUGGAUAAUGUAAUUUUUUGCCGUAUCAAAAAUGUUGUAAAAUUUAAUAAAGCUAUAGAACUAGAUUGAUAUUAAAUUUUCUCCAGGGAUGUUAACAUAUACAUAAUUGUUUAAAAUGUAAACAGCUUCCUUAAACAUUCUUCCUUCCAUGCUAUCUGUAUGAUUAAACCGAUAGCUUUCGUUAAUAAUAGAUUUAUAAAACUCAAAUACAUAGCUUACAUUUAUUAUAAAGAAUUAUAUCUGUAUCUGAAAAUGACUUUCCUAGCAAAACGUUUAUUGCCAUUUCCUUAGACUAUGUUUUAUAUAGAAAAUAUCAGUCAAAAGUAAUUAUUAAAUAUUUAAUCUGAUUUGAAGAUUUGUAACCAAACAUUAUAAAAUCGUGCCAUGAUUGAAAUUCAAUACAAAAACAUUUUGUUAUUGAAAAAGUUUAAAGAAGUUUUAGUUCUCGUAAGAAAUAACGAAAAACAUUAUAUUUCUAAGGAGCGACAGAUUACGUUAUUCGCAUUUUCGAUGAUUCGACGAUUAAUUUGAAUUGUAUAAACUUGUAAACACCCAAGCAAAGUUGAACCUUUGCAAACACUGUAUGUUUUGCUAAAAAAAUUAAUUUGUGUAACAUACAAUUUGCACCCGAAACGAAUUCGUAUACUUCGGUGUAUGUACAAUUGUAUAUUUUAAAAUGUUGUCAAAAUAAGUCCAGUCUGUGACACAGUUGUCCUACUGUUGUGGUCGUCCAUCACUUAUUUCUUCAUAGAAUAGGAAUUAUGUUUGGAUUUUAUUAACACUGGUGCUUCAAAUUAUUUAUUCAUUUGCAUUUAUAUAGAAGAAGAGCCACAUACAUUUAUUUUAAAGAACGGUUCUGCAAGUUUCCUUCCUUUUUUAACUAUAAAACUGCUGAACCUACUCUUCCUAAUAAUGGUUUAAGUAACAUUUAGAAGUUUUAAAUAAGUGUUCUGUAAACAUUGCACUUUAAGGAUUGUUUAUUUUAAUCGUAGUUGAGCAGAUGUAAGUACGCUGUAUUUGUUUAUAAUUCUCUCUUGUAACUAGUAUGAGUAACAUACGUUUGUCAUGGUUACACGUGACUUAUAUUUAAGUAAUUUUUAGACUUUGCUCUCAAGGAGAUUGCCUAGUGAUAAGUGAUUGUAUAGAAAUUUGAGUUAUUAUGAAAAUUCUUGCUAAAUAUGUAAAGAACCAUGAUAUAUCCAAGAAGUCUUAUUUCUUUACGAAUAAGUAUUGUUUUUGUACUGUAUGUACAAAAUAGUUAUUUCCAUACGGGAGUAUGAUAUUAAUAUUGUCUUGAUAUACUGAGAUCGAUGUCCAUGUCUCCAAAGUCAACUUAUCCCGAGGCAAUCUCGUCGAAAGCAAUUAAAACGCAUUGCGACACAAUGUUAUUAUAAUGCAAAUAAAAUACGCUAGAUGUGAAACGUUGUUUAUUAUUUUGUACAAAAACCAGGUUUUUCUAAUUAAUGUGAUAUCUUAUAAACAUCGAUCUCACGAAAUAAAUAUUCGAGGUUA